AUGCGGAGUGUGAAGAGGGAGCAGAGAGCCUCCAAAACAGGACGCCCCCACCCCUCUCACUUACCCACCAAUAAAGUCACGUGGGUCCCGGUGCGCGCAGAGCAGAGACGGCCCGCCCCAAGCAGCAGUAGCAGCAUCACCCUCAGCAUCAUCAUCAUCAUCAUCACCCCAGAGUACACAGAAGAGGAGGGUGCAAGGCAGGGAGUGAGAUUGUGUAGGAGACGUGGAGGACGUGGGGUCCAAUCGGUCCGAGAGCUGAGAUCAUCGACAUAG